UGUGUUCUGAUACACAACGCAUAUAGUGUCUUGUCUGUAAAAUUUAAAGAUAUAUCGGCGUUUAGACGUAUUGUGAAUUGCGGAAAAGUUGUAAAAUGGUUUAGGUGUGUUUCAGUGAAUCGAAAGAUCCAGUAGGCGUUUUUCUCCAGGCCAGUGUCCAUAAAAGUGAUGUCUGAAUGAAUUUCUCACGCUUUUUAGACAUUCAGUCAUGGUGGGAAGUACCCAGCAUAGCAUACUUUUGUUCCUUAUUCAGGACAGCUUUCAAUCUUCUGGAUUUUGACAUCGAAGAAUUAGAAGAGGCUCUUCUGACAGAUGGCACAGAAGAAACGGGUAGUUCUCUUUUGACCGAACUGAUAGUGCGCCUCUUGAACGGUUGCUUAGGCAACAAUGACAUCUCUGCUUUUAAUUAUCAGAUGUAUUUGAGGCGUUUGUUUAGGAGAAAAUGUCAAGAGCAUGGAAGAUACAACCCAUUCAAUACUGAUAUUGAUUUUCAAUUUUUACCCCUGAGGACAAAAGUUGAGAUAUUGUAUGCGUUAUGUGAUUUUCGGUUAGAUGCUGAAGACGUAUUUGACCUGUUCAAGAACUUAGAAGCUGAAAGUCUACGCGUAGAGCCACUAGGAUGGGAUGACAAUGAUUCUGCUUACUGGUACUUUUAUGGCACAAGAUUGUAUAGGGAGGACAUAAUAAAAAAACCAAGGGCCAAAAAUAGGAGAAGGAAAAGGGAGAGUAGAAAGAGAGGCUGGUUUUAUGGAGAUGAUUGGCUUGACGACGAAGAUACUGAUCGUGUUUGGCAAGUGGUGUGUUUUACGGAGGCAGAUUGGAGCCACCUGACAGAGAAGUUCAAUGAUGCUACCAGCAAGGUUGAAAAGGAACUUCAUAGAUCUCUCUCACAAAAUUUUCUGCCAGAAAUACCAAGGCUGUUUGAAGAAAAAGAACGUUUACAAAGGAAAAGGUUACUAGAACUGGCACCGCGUCGUACAUCGAGCCGUGUGCUGCAAAAAAUCAAGCAGAAGGAAGAAGAAGAAACAAAACAGAGUGCUGAUGAAUCUAAGGACGAAGACAGCAAGGAAACACCCAACGUCGCUCGUGAAAACCGAGCUAGGCGACGCGAACAGCUAAGGACAAAAUCUGAAUCGUCAGAUUCAUCGGACAGUUCAUCCAGUGACCAGGAAGAAAUGCCUCAAAAGGUUACUAGACCAUCCAGGUCCAGAGAUAAGAAGUCAAAAAACUCAUCAGCUACCAAUAAAGGGGAACCACCACCAGAACCCGUGGUUAAAACCGGAAGGAAAACUAACAAUUCGCUGGCAGCCGCUACUGGUCAAAUAGUUAUACCAGAAAAUGACGAGCCAGUCAAUAGCACUCGGCGAAAGCUCAAGACGUCACAAAUUUUCAGUCAAACCGAAGAAGAUGUGCAAACCGAUAUGUACAAAGUGCUAGAACAGUUAUCAGCACAUGAAGAUGCCUGGCCUUUCAUGGACCCUGUUGAAGAAGAGUAUGCUCCUAAUUAUUACGCAGUCAUUCGGCGGCCAAUGGAUCUCCGCAAAAUGGAGGAACGUCUAGAUAGCGGAUAUUAUUCAGACUUUUCCAUGUUUAAAGCUGACUUUAAACUAAUAGUAAACAACUGCCGAUUAUACAAUGGGCAAGAUAAUGAGUAUACAACUAUGGUUGAUAACUUGCAAGCCGCUUUCGAUCGGCUCACGGAAAAAUACAUUCAUCGGCUUUCUUCCUCUGAUGAAGAAAUAGCUGUUGAAUACCAACUGCCUACUCCAUCUAGGAAGCACAAAUUAAAAACGAGCGAAACAUCGCCUGUUCGUCAAAAACGAAAGAAACAAAAAUCUCAAUCUGAACCUGUUCCAGAUGAACCCACAUCGAGUACGUCAGUAAUCAAACAAGAAGAAGAACAAGUGACACCAAAAGAAGAAGAAGAAUGUGAAGAACCUGAAAAUAGUGAAAAUACUGUUGAAGUAAACAAGGAAUCUCACAAAAGCAAACAUGACAAAGGAAAGAAAAAACGUAAAGGUCGUCGCAAACAUUCCAAGAAUCACAAAAAGAAUUCUUCAAAGAGACACAGUAAAAAACAAAAGCAUGGCAAAAACAAAGACAAAGAAGGGAAAAAAUCGAAGCGGUCUAAAAAGAAGAAUAAACAUCAUGAUACUGAACAACCACCUGAAGAAAUAAAAAGAAGUGCGUCCCAGGAGUCUUUAGAAAGUUCAAGUAGGAGUAGAAGUGCGAGUCCUCUGCCGUCCAUACACACUCCAUCGCCGUCUCCCACGGAACUCGAUAAACCAGAGCCGAGCGAUCAACUUACCGAUCCAGACUUUCUAAAAGAUAAAUAUGAUAAAAUUAAGGAAAGAAGACGACAUGCAGCAAAAGAUGCUUGGGAAUCUCUUUUUGACUAUAAGCAAAAAGUUGAAAAGCAAAAACAAACUUUAAACCUACCAGAGAAAGAAAAAAAUCAGAAAUUACGCGAAACAAUCGAAAAGUUAAAAGCUAAAAACGAAAAGUAUAAAGAUUCUUCACUUUUUAAUAGUCUUUUUGCUCCGGGAGGAUCAAAUAGUGCCAAGUACAAAGAAAGCACAAGUACAAAUAGAGAUGAUGAAGAUGAGUUUUCCGAUGAUACCAUUGACAGUGUCAAAGAGAAACCGAGUAGUAAGAAAGUAAAAAAGAGUUCAGCCAAAAACGCUUCUGCCUCUGAGGCUUUAGAACAAGCUGUAAAAGAUAUAAGCAAAUGGCUUGAUGAUGCUCCUAAAGGUUCGGCAGUCAGUUCACCUUGUGAUAGUCCUGCUCAGACUAUUUCUACAGAAGAACAAGAUAACAGUAGAAUGGACGAUGAAUCUUCUCAGGGAGAAAAGCCGAUUCUCUUUCGGAAAGAACUAUCUCGGAAACGACCAUCAUCACGCGAACCAAAAAUUUUAAGGCGCAGAGAAAUUCAAAGGACUAUUGAUAGACUACAACCAGGAAAAAGCAAGGGAAAUUUACUUACUAAUAUGUUAUGUAAUAAAAAUGGUGAUAGGUCAGAAGAUGCCAUUCCACUUGGUCCGCUUAGUAGAGCUCGUGAUAUCACCAAACUAGAUGAAUGUAGUCCUAAGCUUAGCUUAGGUUCUGUUUUACCAGGUGUUCAAUUUUCUCUUGGAUAUGACCACAAUUUUAAAAAUGGAGAUAUUAAAAAUGACAAACUAAAAGAUAUAAAAAAAAUAAAAGAUACUACGAAAGACGUUAAAAAAAUUGAAACCAUUACCCAUUAUAAAAUGGAAGAAAAAGUCGUUACUAAAAAAGACGCUGAAGUAGAAACAGAUGAUUUACCACUAAUGCAACCAAGUCAAGAAAAAGCUACUCCAAACCUUAGUGCUUGGUUCAAAGCUUUUGGAGCUCCAAAAGCUACCACUACUUCUAGUAAUACUAAAAAGAAGUCGGAAGAGACAGAAACCGAGGAAAAAACAUUGGAGAAUACUAAUAAUGAUACUAAAACGACAAGUCCAAAGAAUACAACCACUAAAUAUGACUCUCCCAAUGAUCUUAAUUCUCCUAUUCUUGAUGGAGGCGAUAGUCCACAACCAAGUGUGACUGCUACACCAAGACAGCGAAGAACCAGCACGGGAAGCUCAAUUUCAGAAAGAUCAUCAUUCAGUCAAGAUUUAGAUUCUCCUAGACAUCAAAUGUCUCAUACUUCACCACUGUUACGUUCGCCAGCAUCACCGAGAACAGAUGAUUUUCAAAAGAUUACAUAUCCUAUAAUAAAUGGUACUGUUCGUGCUGGGUUCUACCAAGACACUACUUCCGUUAAAAGUAGUCCUGAGAAAAGUUGCAGUCCAAGAGAUGCACCUCAGUCUCCUUAUUCACCAUACUCUCAACACGUCUACGCUUCUAACAGUGCCGCAGGUUCAUCCACGCCUAAUUACUUUAUUGAUCACAAUAAAAGCCCAUUGCCAACAUAUGGCCAGAAUGCUCCACCUUAUUAUGACACGUCUAAAGCACCCCAAGUCAGCAAACCUGCAAGAAUACAUGACGAUUACACGGCACUAGGUCCUGAUACUUUUCAACCGACUCAUUAUAACGGUCCAUUUUCCCCAACUGCGCCGCCAUAUCCUCCCACACAGACUACUUAUUCUCAACCUCAAGUUUCUCCACAACCAAGUGUUACAUCUACACAAACAUCAAGCACCGUACAGGUAUUGCCUGAUCCGAAGGCAACAUUAUUCCCGGUCAAAAAGCGAACAUACAGUGAACCUGAAAUCUCAUCUUCAAGAAAGCCAUCGGAAGAAAAAGAAUUGACGCCAUCUGCACCGGCGAAAAUCGAUUAUCCAAAAACGGCGCAUUCAUCUACUUUACAUUUGGUGCAAACUACUCCACCGACUUCAGUAGAUGAUAUAGCUUUAGCAUUAAGUGAAAAAAACGAAGUAUUAAAAUUGAAUACAAUACGUGAUAAAAAUAAUACUCUUGAUUACUCGGAGAGACGCACUGCGGAACCGAGAGAAAGCAUGACUUAUGAAAGUAAUGAAUUAAUACGUGACUACAAAAAAGAACCCAUUCAUAUUGAUCUUACAAAACCUGAUUCGAUCAAAAAAGACAAUAUAGAUAUGAUAAAUAUGGGUUAUAUGAACCUUGAGGAUAGAAAAGCCAAUGGGGAUUUACAUGGUGUUGAAUUUGUUGAAAGAAGCCGAGAGCCAAAACCAAAUGUCAUUCCACAGCAAAAGGGAUACGAAAUCGAAGCUAUUGCUAUUAAUCUUGGUAUUAACAAUCACCAAUUACCUAAACCACUUUCUAAGCCAACUGUCACUUGUAAUUUGACACCAGCUCACACACACGAAAGGCCUAACACUGAGAUUAGCUCAAACCAAACCAUACCCCUUGCACAUCAUAAUCAAUAUGAUAGCUUGCCUCCUAAUCAACAUAUAAGCAAUUUCUCAUUAAAUGACAUUGAAUUGGCAAAUAAAAAACUUUAUUCCUGUAAUACCACCACUUCCGCAACUGCAAUUGACUAUGGAAAUUGGAAGGUAAACCAAAUGCGAAAACCGGAAAUACAACCGUCAGAUUAUUCUGCUAAUGGAUAUACACCUAGUAAUGAAGAAAAGUUAAAAGCAGCUGAUACGUCGAAUUCAACUGCUAUAAACUAUAACAAAAAUGUACAACAUCAACAGUUUAAUAAUUACAAUACUGUACCUAGAGCGAGCAUCACACGAAGUCAAGACAUUCAACCAAGCCACUCAGCUGAAUUAAGGAUACCUAAUCCACGUGGCCUACUUAAGUGUGAUCCCAUAAGCGUGAAUACUACCAUUAGCGAGAGUGAUCCACUUCCCAAAAAUUUGGAAAUGGUUGGUAAACCACAAAAACCAGAAAAACUCAUUCAAAAUCACACAUUGGUAUCAUCUUUGUCGUAUAAAACGCCAUAUAGUACGCAUUCCGCACUUCCGAUUGAAACCUUACGGAAUUUACCGAAUAUCCCUCAAAUGUUAGAGCGGUAUUCGAACGAUGAAAGGUAUUUGUCUAGCUUUGCGAACAGUACCACAUCUCUUUAUCAUGACAAAUCUUUCCAAAUGGCACAAAUGUUUAACAAAAACAUUAAUCCAGAAGCACACCCAGUCAGUACUUCUACCAGUAUAUAUUCUCAGCCAUCAAUUGCUGCAAUGAGCAAAGAUAAUAAUCUUUAUAAAAGUCCGGUUAGCAUCGCGAGCACUCAAAUGGAUAUAAAAAAGAGUAAGCGAAAACGUACAUCGGAUGUGAAACAAUCUUCGACAUCCAUUGGACAGCCCUACCAUACAUCUACUUGCAACAGCGAUGUUUUGUCAUCGGUCAAAACUAACAUCAUACCAGGAAAUCCCUUUAACUUUGGAACUAGUCCUAACAUAGCCCUCGGUGGAAUGUACGGCGACAAUGGCGGUUUCACAAUAGAAGACUUUCGAAAUAGUACGAAUCAAAUAAUGGCCGCGAAUUAUAUGGCUGCAGCAGUUGCUCAUCAACAAAGAAGCAACGAAGCAAAUGCAGAGAAACUAGUAAAACCAGCACAUCAGAAUUCAAACCACAGUGCAAGUCCAUUUCCUUUUAUAGGGCACUCACAAGUUCGAGCUGGAUACCCUUAUGUGGCAGCAGAGCAAUCUUCACCGUUAUACCAACAGUACUUGCAGCGCUACCAGGAAGAAUUGCAGCGACAGACAGGAGCUCAAAUUAUGGGCCUUUACCCAUCAGCCUAUUCAACUCCACUUGGCGUACGACAACCGUAUGAUGCGAUAAAUCGACCUUCAUGGCUUUAAUAUUAUCUACCUCCUCAUUAUGAUGUGAGGACCCAAUUUUACAAUCCUUAUGGAUAUGACAAUUAUUAUUAAAAUAAUUAAUUUAUGUUGUUCGUAGAAUUAGCAUCUUCGUGGAAUAUUUAUCAAUUAUCAUAUUAAUCAAUGUUGUGCGAAAUUAUUGACAAGUUUAAUGUUAUUGUAAUCCAUGAAUAAAAUAUUCAUCUUGUCAAAUCUACGAUAAUGUUUCUUAGCCUGUCGUGACAAAAUACAAAUUUGUGUUGACAAUCUUUGUUACUUGUUAGAAAAAAAAAUCUUUCUUUCGAUGUGUCUAUUUAAAAAUAAAUCAAAUAAUUGUCAUGGCAACUACAUAUGUUGCAUUUAAAUGUUUACAUUAAAUAUAGGACACUUAUGUCUCUCUGUAUAUUUUUAACAUAUAAGAUAGUAAAGGUAUACUUGUAAUAAUUAUAUUUGUUCUUAAAUGUCAAGUAGAGCAGGUCUUGCAAUAACAUUAAUUAUUUAAUUAUUUUUUAAUUUUGAUAAAGUACAUUUUAUGUCACUUCAAAGUUAUAUAGCUUUAUUUUAAUGAACAUACUGCUUAAUAAGGUCAUAAGAAAUUGUAUUGUUAUUCUAUAAUUUUAAAUUUUAUGUUAGGAUUUCUUAAAUGACAUUGUUGUGUAAAUAAUUUGAGAUUUUGUUUUAAAUUAAUGUUUUAUUAGCAUUAACUAAGUAUUUCUGCUGAAUAAAAAUAAUCUUAGAUGUUUAGAUGUAUCUUUAAUUAAAUUAGGAUUAAAUGAAACAUUAUUAUUCUAAGAAAUAUUGAAAACAA